CUGCCUUGCUAGCAAGGAGGAUGGGGAAUUGAAAGACUUGUGAGGGGACACAGCCGGGAAAGCUGACCCUAACUGACCAAAAGGGAUGUGGUGAAUGACCUUGGGAAGUGGUGAUUGAAUUCCUGUUCUGCUUUGCAUGGGAGUCCCCAGCCCCAGAUGUCAAGGGGGCUGAAACUUCAGCUCUCUGGAUGAAACAUUGCAGAUGAUGAAGAGGAAAAGCAGCUGAAGGAGCAGCUCUGGUAAAUAGGCAGGAUCUUCUGCCUUUUGGAAAAUGUAUUUACCACCCUCCUUGGCAAGCCCUUCUGAAGGAACAGAACGUGUCAGCUCCCAGAGAUGAACACAUCCUCUCAAUUCUAUGUCUCUGAACUAAACUUGAGUGCCUUCAGUAGCAACUUUACUGUGCCUACUGCAAAGAGCAAGUCAUCGCCAUGUGAACAAGUGGUCAUUGCAGCUGAGGUGUUCCUAACUCUGGGCAUUGUAAGCCUCCUUGAAAACAUCCUAGUUAUAUGUGCAAUAGUUAAGAACAAGAACUUGCACUCACCCAUGUAUUUUUUUGUUUGCAGUUUAGCAGUGGCUGACAUGCUGGUUAGUGUGUCUAAUGCUUGGGAGACCAUAACCAUAUACUUAAUAAACAAUAGACACAUCAUUAUGGAAGAUGCCUUUGUCCGUCACAUAGACAACGUCUUUGAUUCCAUGAUCUGCAUAUCUGUGGUGGCUUCCAUGUGCAGUUUGCUGGCUAUAGCAGUAGACAGAUAUAUCACUAUCUUCUAUGCCCUACGUUAUCACAACAUCAUGACAGUGAAAAGAUCAGGGCUUAUUAUUGCAUGCAUCUGGACCUUUUGCACGGGCUGUGGCAUUAUCUUCAUUCUUUAUUAUGAAUCAACUUACGUGGUCAUUUGUCUCAUCACUAUGUUUUUUACCAUGCUGUUCCUCAUGGUCUCGCUGUAUAUCCACAUGUUCCUCCUGGCUCGUACUCACGUGAAGAAAAUCGCUGCUUUGCCCGGGUACAACUCCGUCCGUCAAAGAACCAGCAUGAAAGGAGCCAUCACUCUGACUAUGCUUCUUGGCAUCUUCAUUGUUUGCUGGGCUCCAUUCUUCCUUCAUCUCAUCCUGAUGAUCUCCUGCCCUCAAAACCUCUACUGUGUUUGCUUCAUGUCUCACUUCAACAUGUACCUCAUUCUCAUUAUGUGCAACUCAGUGAUCGACCCCUUGAUCUAUGCCUUUCGUAGCCAGGAAAUGAGGAAGACUUUCAAAGAGAUAAUUUGUUGCUAUAGCCUGAGAAUGCUCUGUGGCUUAUCAAACAAGUAUUAAGAUAAAAAAAACAAACCAGGGAAGAGAAUGGAAAGGCAACAUCUUUCUGCAUCUUGUAAUUCUGCUGAAAUCCCUAUGGAACAUUUUCUCCAUUCAGCUGUCAUGAUUCCCACAGCAAUCAGAAACCCUUUUUUAACAUGCAAUUUUAUAUUUCUUUCCCUCCACACACCUCUCUCAUGCUGCUGGUUGGAGCUACUCAGUGCAUCUGUAUUAUGGGGACAAAGAAUAUUUUGAAUCUCAUUUACCCUAUUGAAGAUAGGAAUUUGUAAGAGGAUUACACAGGGAAAACCUUCUUUUUAUUUCUGCUAAAUGCAAUGAGUGAGUUCUGCCAUGUGAAUGAGCCCACCAGCCUCUCAAUUUGUGUUUAUUUUGGCAUUAUUGUCUCUCUAGGAAAAAAAAAAAUAAAAUAAAUAUAUAUAUCUCUAGAAAAAAACAAGCAUGGUGUAUUUUGAUUCCAGAAUUAACAUGGAGAUUUUUUGCUAUUUCCUUCUGAAGACAUAAAAUCAGAGAAGUAGCUCCAAUUAUCCAGCUCCACAUACCUUGGUCAGCAGUUAUGAUCAAUAUACAUGCGCUUAUCAGCAGUCUUGUAUUCUAGUCAUGACUGUAACUGCCAUAAAAUGUAAGAAGCCAAUGUUACCAUGAGAUUUUCCAGGCUGAAUACAGCACUUGGUUAUAUAUGACUGUAUGUGAAUCACUGUGAAGCAAGACGUACCACAGGUGGAUUUUAAGGAUGAAUAUGAAGAUUGAGCUGUUUCUAGGUUGUCUUUUUUGUUUAUUUGCCAGGGCUAGGGAAGCAAAGGGAACACAGCCUGAAGAUAUUUGUGUAAUGUUUUGCGGAGAUGGAAAGAUUGAGUGAGUGGCUGCCUUUGUAUAGAUAUUAGAAAAGCCUUUUGGCUGUGAAGAGUUUGUGUUACUGUAGAUUGCACUUUUCAAGUUGGGAGAGACAAAACAAGUUUGGUAAUCAAAAGGCAUGGCAGACGAUGGCAAAAAAAGAUUUCAAAACAUCAGGCACAUGUAGCUAUAAGAGUCCUGACUAUUGCUCCCCAACCAAACAUAUUUCCUCUUAGUAGAGAAGAUUCUAAGCUGAAACCCUCAUGCCUUUUGUGUGAGUAGUUUGCAUCUAGUCAUGCUUUCAUGAACCUGCUGUUCUGCAGCAGCAGUGUGAUGUGCAGAACACUGGUCUUACAAAAUAGGUAGGAAGUGCACCUGUGCUAUUUCUUGAUGACCACGAAUGGUACAUAUCUUGUGCUGUGAUUUAAGUUAUGAGAAGAUUUCAAUAUCUUGAAAAAUGAAUUCUUCUUUCUGAAAUCUGGAAGAAUAAUGCUUGUUAGACUUGGUUUAUACAUGCUGUAAAACUCUUGUUUAUCAACAGAAGGUUUAUGGUUGAGUGUUAGGUUAUACUUUCAAGGUGAAAGCCCUGAUUGGGUUUUAGACAAUCUUUUUGCCAUAAGAGUGGUCAAAUAUGUGAACAGGUGCUCAAUGUUUGUGCAAAAUCCAUCUUAGAGAUAUUUAGAACUUGAAUGGACAUGGCCCUGAAACAUCUGCACUAAAUUGAAAGCUGUCUCUAACUUUUAAGCUGGCCCUGCUUUGAACCACUAGUAGCAGAUUACCUCCACAUGUGCCUUCCAACCCAAAUUAUUCAGUGAUUCUAUGACACAGUCAGCAUAUUAUGAUAAAAUUAUAUUUUUUCUUCCUCAUUUUAUCUCUUGUGUAAGAAAAAUUGGAAAGUACCCACUCUACAUACUUAGAGCCUAAUUUAUGUCUUCAUUUUCUUAGGAAGUCUCUGACAGGAGAAUUAAGCUGCACCUUUAGCACCAGAGUUAUACAUUUUGUCUGCUUAAAAUUUACUAUUCCUCCAGCUCAUAUAUAUCUCCCUCUGACACGAGUGGAAAUGUGAUUCUCAAUGGAGAUACCUUAUUAUGCUGACUGAUAUAUAGGUUACAUCAAUGCACUAGGGGCUGGAUUCUUCCUUCAGCUAUAUCUGAAAAUGGGAUUUCAGAGAAUGUUGGUGGUCAGUAGUGAGAAUCUUGCCUUAAUUUCAGUCCAUCUCUUAAUCCUAUCCAUAAAUACCCUCCAAAUGUUGGCUCUUGCAACUAUGAAUGUAAAUGACAAAAGGAGACAGUUCCACUGCAUAGCAAAAGGCACCAGCUGAUGUAAAUAAAUCAUUAAAUCUUCACUGGGUAUUGCAAAUAAGACAGUUUUGUACAUAACUGUAAAUCAACUUAGGGGAAACCAAAACUGUAACAGCUUUAGGUAUUUUCUUGAAUUGCAUAUUAUUCUCUUUUUGUUUUGUUUGAAGUCUGUUUGAUGUAUAAACACAGACAUGAAGAAACUAUUAA